GUGAUGCUACUGGAGUGGUGGUCAGGCACGGAGUGCACCAUCUACACCGACGCCAGAGACUACCCCAAGUAUGGGAAAGAAAAUGCCAUUGUGGUUCUCAACCACAAGUUUGAGAUCGACUUUCUUUGUGGUUGGAGCUUGGCUGAACGCUUCGGCCUCUUAGGGGCCUCCAAAGUACUGGCCAAGAAGGAGUUGUCCUACGUCCCAAUAAUAGGUUGGAUGUGGUAUUUCAUGGAAAUGGUCUUCUGCACUCGCAAGUGGGAGGAAGAUCGUAAGACAGUCACGAAGAGCUUGCUGAAUCUCCGGGAUUACCCCGAGAAAUACUUGUUCCUCAUCCACUGCGAGGGCACCCGGUUCACGGAGAAGAAACACCAGAUCAGCAUGCAGGUGGCCAAAGCCAAGGGCCUGCCCAGCCUCAAGUACCACCUGCUGCCACGCACCAAGGGAUUCGCCGUCACCGUGAGGAGUUUGAGAAAUGUAGUUUCAGCUGUAUAUGACUGUACACUCAAUUUCAGAAAUAAUGAAAAUCCAACACUCCUGGGAGUCAUAAAUGGAAAGAAAUAUCAUGUAGAUUUAUAUGUUAGACAGAUUCCACUUGAAGAAGUCCCCGAAGAUGAAGAUAAGUGUUCUGCCUGGCUCCACAAGCUCUAUCAGGAGAAGGAUGCCUUCCAGGAAGAGUACCACAGGUCGGGCAUCUUCCCAGACACACCCAUGGUGCCCUCCAGGAGGCCCUGGACACUAGUCAACUGGCUGUUUUGGGCCUCGUUGCUGCUCUACCCCUUCUUCCAGUUCCUCGUCAACAUGAUCAGCAGUGGAUCUUCUCUGACCCUGGCCGACUUUAUCCUCGUCUUCUUUGUGGCUUCCAUGGGAGUUCGAUGGAUGAUUGGUGUGACGGAAAUCGACAAGGGCUCUGCCUACGGCAACAUCGAUAGCAAGCACAAACAGAGUGACUGAUUCAGGGACAUCUUACCUUCCAAAGGAAGCCUUGGGAUAUUGGUUGACUCUGCAUAUCAUUCUGCUUAGUAGGACAGUGACAUGGGCUGUGUGAGCCUCUGCUGGGAAGAAAGCGAGUCAUGAUCUCUUGAAGCAGGGAGAGUGGUCUCAAAGCCAGAUGGGAAGGGAGAUGUUCUCAAAUCCUUUUUCCCCAGCCGCCUUGGUGGGUUUGGGUUUUCUUUCUUUACGUGUGGGUGUGAUGUGUGCAUAUGUGUAAGAGAGAGAGAACAGGUGAGCAAGAAUGGAUGUGCACUUGAGUGUGAGCCUUGUUUUUUGAAAAUCCAAAGGUCUUCAGGCUGCAGCGGGAGGGAUGGGAUGGGGAAUGAACGGGGAAAAGGUUCCCCUUCAUCCUUUGGUGCUGAGUUUUCUGUAAUCCUUGAUUGCCAGAGACAGAAUGAAAAGUGCUUUAGGUAAAAAGACUAAAUUAUGCCUAAAAAAAAAAAAAAUUAAAGUGUUUGUCUGGCUCAUCUGUGGUGUGUGUUUGCCCAGACCUCUUCCAUCCUCCCAUUUUGCCCUUGCACCAUGUGUCUUGGUGUUCUCACAAGGCUGGUUGGGCGGGUGACGUUUCCGGUUGGCAGUGGGUAUUCCAACAAUCAGACUGAUCCCUGGCAAUCCACCAAGAUGAAGGAGCCUGUCAGCGUUUGCUUAAGGGAAAGACGGCAGGCUUUGGAGCUGAGUUGAGAGCUUUUGUGUGGCACGGGAAAAAUGGUCCUCGGUUUGGCAGCCCAAACUGCCUGGGCCUUUGGUUUUCCCAAGGUUACUGUAAUGAAGGUCUCCAUGGCAUAUGUCUUAAAGAUGUGCCCAACUCCCUUGACAUUUUUUAUGCUGAAGUUGAACAUAAGGUGUGUAAAAAUAAAGCCUGGGCAUUCUCUAAUGAUUUGAGAGAUAAUUUACAUCUACUAUUCCCCCAAUACAGAUGCAGAUUCACCUCAUCAAAAUGACACCCCUCAUUUGCAGCCCACCGAGAUGCCAGGGCCCCCCUUUGAUCAGGAUCAAACUGAAACAAACAUCCAUUGUAUGAGAAC